AUGAAGUUCCAGAAAAGGUCAAGUUUCACGCCGUCCAUAAGCUCUCCACUUGCAGAUGACGAGGAACGAAGACUACACGAUGAAAAUUCACAACCAGAUUUCACACGGAAACCUGAUACUUCGGCUACCAAGCGGAAAGGCUCAAAAAUGGAGUCUUUAGACAAUAAAUUAAUGAAAACGGGAUCUGCCGAGGAUCAGAAUGAUGAUGACGAAAGCGACGAAAGCUACGACUCCACGAGCUACAAAGCCAUACCGUUGGAGCUCAUAAAUCGUUUGCGGACGUUCCCGCUAUUCGCUAAUGCUCCACCUGCCUUCCUGAGCGCUGUCGGAAGGUCGUUGAAGCUGAUACAAUUUCACCCACAAGAGGACAUUGUCAAGAGCGGUGAGGCCGCGAAGUCGAUGUACUGGAUCCUGAGGGGUUCUGUUGGAGUGACGUCAACCGACGGUGAGUCUACGUACGCAGAGUUGACUGCCGGUUCCUUUUUUGGUGAAAUUGGUAUUCUUUUCAACAGACCAAGAACGGCUACGGUGGUGGCCAGGACAAAGGUUCUGCUUGGAGUUUUGACUAAGGAGUCGUUGAAUACCGUUUUGCCGGAUUACCCCGCCAUCGAGAGACUCAUUCGUGAUGAAGGCCAGGAAAGACUUGCAAUGCAGGAGAAAAGAAGGCGAGCAAGUUUCAUUGCACAGACUGUGAAUACACCAUCUCCCUCUACCAGAGCAGUUGCUAAUGUUAGAGGCAAUAACAGCACUGUGGUUUCAAACAUGAUCAAGCCCAGUGUAUCCUCAGAUGCAGUCAUACAGUCAGCUCUUGUUCCUGGUCCUUCUCUGCCUGGCCCUUCGCUCCCUUUAAUGCAUCCCAGCCACCGUCUCGCGCAUCUCAGUCAUAUAGGUCACUCGAACCAGCCCGUGGUAAAUUCGCCCUUGAGGGACAACGUGGAUGAUUCCAUCUCGGUUCGUGAGUUUCUUGGAAGUCUACCCCUUUUCAAGACGCUUCCAUCUGACCAGAUCCACGAACUGGCUCUGAGUGUGGAGAUGAUCAAAUGCAACACUUUUCAGUACGUUCUGCGCAAGGGUGAUAUGGGUCGUGAUAUCUUCUUUAUCGUUUCUGGAGAGGUCGAAGUUGUUGACCCUUCAAACGAUAAUCGUAUAUUUGCGAGAUUAGGCCCUGGCAAAUACUUUGGAGAAAUGGCAUUCUUAUCCUCGUUGUCUGAGCAGGAGUCCACUACCAAAGCCAGAAGCGCAGAUAUCAGGGCAAUUUCACAGUGUGAGCUGCUCGUUGUCAGAGGUGACACUCUUGAAGAUCUUUGUAGAAGAUCUCCAUUGGUCGCUGAGGAUAUGAAGACCACCGCUGGGGAGAGACUGCGCAACAAUGACUCUGUUGGAAAUAUGAUACAUUCUACGCAGGUCUCUUUGCUCGAUAGAAUUACCGUGGAUUCUCUUAUUGCGCAUAAUGAGCACGAUGAGCCAUUGUUCAACAGCAUAAGUUGGAACCGCAACUAUGAGGAUUCGGGUCCCAAGGACAUUACGGGUUCUGAUGAACCAAGUCUUAACGAAGAAGACCCGCUAUCCAGACCGAAACUGCUCCCAUCAGCAAGUUUUCAAUCUUCUGUUUUUUCCUCUGUUUCCUCGUCCUCAACGUCCAUGUCUAAUAUCGAAGAGGAUCCCAAAUUCAGACCACAGAGGCCUGCAUUGCCUUUGUCUAUGUCUUCACCCGUUUUCACGCCGCAGAUGCAGUCACAACCGCAACAACAAAUGCAGCAGUUCUCACUUUCCUCUAUGGAUCCCUCUGUGAACUCUUUGGACAAGUUCCAGCCAACUCGGGCUAACUUCCAGUAUACACCUUACGCUCAGAGAUUGCGGAUCAACUCUGUCAGCGGAACGGGAAGAAGGAAAUCUGUUCUUUCUGCCGGGCCGCUUCCCGAUUCGCUAUUGCUGAAGAUAUUUGAGUAUCUUGACCUCAAGACCUUGGCCAGAUGUGCCUCUGUCAGUCGUCAUUGGAAGCAGAUGGUGUACUUGGCUUCCAAUCUUUGUCAAACCCUGGACUUGACACCUUACUCUCGCGAGAUAGAUGACGCCUCGCUCAUCAGGAUUACCAACUUUGUGGGAUCAAGACCGCAGGUCAUCGACAUAUCCAAUUGUCACCAUAUCACAGACGAAGGUUUCACCUACAUGAUCAGCGAGAUCGGUAUUCGUGGUUCUAUCAAGACUUUGAGGAUGAGGGACAAUUGGAACAUCUCUGCUAUGGCCAUAAUGGAUCUGGGUGUUCCCAGUGUUGGCUCCGAUCUUGUUGAGAUAGACCUUGCCAACUGCAGAAAAGUCAGAGUUGAUGUCAUAGAAAGAUUGGUUGGUUCAAGUUCCCAGUCAUCCACCCUCCAAAUCGGAUGUCCUAAGUUGUCGAAGAUUAAUUUAUCAUAUUGCAAAUAUCUCACAGACAGAACCAUGUUAUCGCUGGCUGAAAAUGCUAGCGACAGGCUCGAGGAGUUGAAUCUCACCCGAUGCACCACCAUCACAGACAAUGGAUUUUCGUACUGGUCCAAUUGGAAGUUUCCACGCUUAAGAAAGGUGGUGCUAAGAGACUGCACCUUUUUGAGCGAUGUUGCCAUAACCUCGUUAGCCACUGCCUCACCCAAUCUGGAGGAACUUGACCUCACAUUCUGCUGUGUUCUUUCUGACAACGCUAUUGCCAUCUUGUAUCUUUGUUGUAAGAACAUCCGCGUUCUGAAUCUGUCGUUCUGUGGUUCUGCUGUUUCUGAUAGCUCGCUGGUAUCGUUGUCGAGAUUGCCCCAUCUGAAGAAGUUGGUUCUCACUGGGUGUAUCCGUGUCACUAGACAGGGCAUUGACACAUUGCUAUCCAACUCCAAGAGUUUGCGUCACUUGGAUCUCUCGCAGUGUCCACGGAUCAACGAGUACCAAGGGAACCCAGUUGAGCCUUUCGAGAAAAGUCCCGGUACCAAAACUGCGUACUUGAAGGUUUCCGCAACCGAUGAGAUUGUCGAAGUUGUUUUAUGA